UUUACGUCAAAGUCAAAGGGGAAAAAUACGAAAUUCAGCUGAUAAUAAUUUUCAUGGGUACACUGUAAAAAUGUCGAUCGCCAAAUUAUUGGGAUUGGAUAAAAUAUCCACACUUUUUAAUAUUAUAAAACAAAACGGGGGCAUCCGGAGCUCCUUGUUCAAGUUAUACAGACAAGAUGAAUUAAAAGAUGGUACACUCGUCGGCGAAGACAGGUUCGGUAACAAAUACUUUGAGAACCCAAGAUACUUUUUCGGCAGGAAUCGAUGGGUGGAAUACUCGGACAAGUUCCAUAUGAACUAUGAUGGUAGUCAGGUGCCCGCUGAAUGGUUUGGCUGGCUCCAUUACAAAACUGAUCUGCCCCCACAUUUGGAUCCAAACAGACCCAAAUACAAAUGGAUGCAAGACUGGAACGAAAACUUAUCUGGUACCACUGGUCAAUACACACCAUACAGCACCACCAGGGCUAAGGUUGAAGCCUGGGAGCCAAAGCCUAAAACAAGCGUUUAAAAAAAGAAAAAAAAAAUAACCACAGACAAAAAAUGGCUUGAUUAUCUGUCAUUGUGUAUAGAUUAAGUAGAAAAUGAAAUAAACUGUUAUCAUUUUA